UAAACUACAGCCAUGAACUUCAGCACCGCUGCGUCAUCCUGCAAUAUGAAUCUAACUGGAAUUCCUUACAUCAUCUUUAUAUCCUGUCAUUCUCUCUCAGGACUUGUUGCUCUAACUGGGAGUAGUUUGGUUCUGAUGACAAUUUACAAAUCAAGAACGCUGCACACUCCAUCUAACAUGUUCAUAGCUUCUCUUGCUGCAGCUGAUGCUUUAGUUGGCUUGAUCAUAAACCCGCUUUACAUAACGUUAACCUCGACCAAUACUUGGGUUUCUUUUAACCCGCUUUAUAAAGUCGAGAACUACAUGUGGGUGCAGACGCUUGUCACCACAUCUUUCAGCCUCAGUGCCAUCAGUGUGGAUCGCUUUUUCGCUGUGUUAUUUCCGUUCCAAUAUCGGAAAUCAAAAAUGAAACCAAAGACAAAGGCUUCUUCAAAGGCAUCUUUGCAUAUGUAUGGUGGUUCCGCGGAAAACUGGUACCCAGUUGGAGGCGCGCUGAAUCAUGGGGCUGUUUAA